UCGUCUGUUUUUUUCUAGGAUUUCUUGAACAUGUAUUUCAGAAACGUUUACAAGCCGAUCCCGAACGUGUACAACCUGGUACUAGCCAUGCUGUGGCGCCACCCGGAGAAUGUGGAGCUGGAGAAAGUGAAGGUGGUUCACUACUGCGCGGCGGGGUCGAAGCCGUGGGGGUUCACCGGAAAAGAGGCCAACAUGGACAGGGAAGACACCAAGAUGCCGGUGAAGAAGUGGUGGGACGUAUACAACGACGAGUCAUUGGAUUACAAAAAUACGGCGCCGGCGCCGGCGGUGCUUCCCAAGACCGGCAUUGUUCGUUACAUCACCGCCCCAUCUGCUGCAUAAUCAUUAGCCUCUGGUCCUUGUAUGUUUUUGCAUGUUGUUUCGGAGCUUUUAAUUUGGUAAUUGCAAACAUUUGGGCAGAAUUUAGCGUUAUCAAUUAUCUCGAUAUUUAUUAAUAAUCUACCAUUAAAGAACUAA